AUGCAGAAGAAGAUAUACAACGCAGAUAGCGUUAACAUGUGCACAGGAUGCAAACGGCAUGUAUUGGGCUGCACAGCUAGGAUGGCUAACCAGCCUGUUGCUACCGUUGGAGAUGUCCUCUCUUACUGGUAUGACCAGGGUAUUUCGGCCAGUUACAAGAGAAUAUGGUUUGUCAAUGACGGCAGACAGCAAGAAGUGGACGAUUAUAUCAGUGAGCGAUUUGCUGACACCUUAAAGGCCGCGGAACAGGACCAGUUGAAUGAUGGUGAUUGGUCUGUGCUAUCUCCUACUAGUGCGCUGGCGCGCAUUCUGGUGUUGGAUCAGUUUUCUAGGCAUUUCUACCGAGAUUCAGAAGAUCGAGAUGCCCGCGUAUCCGCAAACGACAAGAAAGCCCUAGAACUAACCGAAACCAUCAUGGCGAAGAAGUGGGAUAAAUCAUACACUAUCGAGCAGUUGGUGUUUGUGUACAUGCCACUGAGACACAGCGCUACAGUCGACCGGCUGGAGACUGUGCUGGCAAAGAUUGAUGAGCGCGUGACCCUCAAUGAAGAGAGGGCUGACCUUCUACGUAAAUUCAGGAAAACCUCACUGAGGAGGCUACAUGACCUGCAAAAUAAGUCAGGAGAUGCGGACGAUAUUUUGGAGUUCCAUCCGUUUCAAGCCGACGAGAGUAGUUUAUUGAGCACGUCGCUGACAAAAACGAUACACUCGUUUCUAGCAGAACACAAGACAUCGGAUAUGGACUACAUUUUGCUGUCGCUGUCUGGCGGGGUGGAUUCUAUGGUACUGGCAUACUGUUGCCUCCGGUUGAGCCCAUUAUUGAACAAUAUCAAGGUUGUCUGCGCACACAUCGACUACAACAACCGCAAAGAGAGCACCGCCGAGGCCAAUUUCCUAAAGCAGUGGUGUGAAAAUCUGGGGAUUGACAUCGUGAUACACACCAUCGAUGACAUACAACGAGGCGUGACUCCGCGUGAUGAAUACGAAAAAAAAUCGCGAGAUGUGAGGUACAAUCUGUAUAAAAAAAUCAUGAAGAAUUUAUAUAAACCGGAUGGGACACCCGCAGCUGUCAGUGGCGUGUUGGUAGGCCAUCACCAAGGCGAUGUGCAGGAAAAUGUCAUCUCAAAUAUGAUGAAGGGUUGCAGUCUUCUGGAAGUGGCUGGUAUGGCGGAAACCAGUGUAGUCAACGGCGUAACGGUUUGGCGCCCAAUGAUGCCACACGAGAAGAAAGAGAUUUUUGACUUUGCCCACAAGUACGGCAUACCUUAUUUCAAAGACACCACUCCCCGAUGGAGCACACGCGGGAAACUCAGGAAUCAACUUUUGCCCACCCUGGCCGAUGUGUACGGAGAUGGAUUCACCCGAAACUUGAGCUUGAUGGCGAGUGACAGUGCGCAGCUACACUAUAUGUGCUUGACUUCAGUUUUCAGACCGUUCUGGGAUAGCAUGGUACAAACGCCCAUGGGUGUGUACUUCGACGUUAUCGGCUGGUUGAACAUGCCAAUCUUUUUUUGGAAGCAAAGUUUCCGCCACGUGUGCCACGACAUGCUGGGCAUUGGAAUGAUUGGUGAGAAGAGCGCUGUGCUGUUGCUGGCACGUAUGCGGAGCCAUUGCGAAGCCUUGUACGUAACCAACCCACUCACUGGACCGCAGACUAUCGCACCCGGUGCAGGAAAUGACCCGGGAAAACUUAUACAGUCUCGCACCCGGGUGAGGGUAAGGACAUCGGGAAGUAGCAGCCAGAAUAAGCAUAACAACGGGAAAGUAGAGGUCGCCCAGGCCAAUAUCACAACACCAAUGAAUCAGAACACAGAUAUGAACACGCCGUACCCGACAUACACACGCACUCGCAGUAGCCGCACAUCCCUGCCAGGUGCGAGCAGCGACGGCUUCAUCGGGUUAUCGAGUGACAAUUCACAAUACACAAGUGAUUCGCUCACGCAUGAUAGUCAGAACAUCCAUCGCUCAAAGAGUGGCGGUAUCCCAGUAACGAGUAGGCUGGCGGCAUCCAGGUUUACCUCUUGCACCCUGUCACCCAUACUCGGCAGCACGCGCACACACACUCGCUUUCUGUCGCACGCGAAUACGACCCCUUAUAUUAGCACACACGGACAAGCCUCCAACACCCUCUCGCCCACUAGUAGUAUGUCCCCUACACUUUCACGCACACCGAUCAGUACUCCACCCCCGCUGGGCUUGGCGAUGAAUGCUACAAGGCAGCACACCAUGCCGGCGCAGCCCAUAGUACAGCUUGUGAACACCUCGAAAAGGACCAUCGCCAUUACACCGCAAUCACCUCUACCCCUUGACCAGUACCUUCCCUUACUCAGACAGGCUUCGGCGCCUUUACUACAGCUGGCCACUCCCGAGAGCGCAGAUAUCGGUUGUUUUCCACCAAAUUCCGGGCCAGAUCUGCGCGCGCAACACACCGGUCCAUGCGCACACAAAUGCUCACCGGUGAAUGCGGGAAGAGUUGCCUAUCGGAGAGACUCACAGCCUCUGACCCUAAACCCUAGUAUUAGCCGGCAGUUCGCUGGGGCACGCUUGCAUGGAACGAAUUCAAGCGAGUUACCCAAUCGGAUGCGAGAGCGAUACUCCACGGACCAUACGGCUUUACAGAUGGAGAAACCCCAACGUCCAUUAUCACUUGAAUACCCGUCACCACGCACUCCCAAAUCUGGCAGCGCCAGUAGCUCGCCCAUCACAGCCAGGCACAUGCCCCACGCCGGAAAUCAUAACAGAGAACGCACCAUCUCCGCACCAACACAACCUGACCUCUACACGUUGUCGCCUUCUGCGUCACCUAUGGCCCCGGGCGCCAUCGUAGAAGAAGGGCCAAAUUCACCCAUGGUGCCCCCGUUCGGUUUCCAAUCGCCAUUGCCAUCGCCGGACUGCCAUGACAGGAAACGCUCGCAGUUGCGAGUCAUGGGAAGUACACACACCGCCGACGAUCUCUUAGCGUCCAGCAGGAAGGGCAUGAUCAGAGUGAGUGUAAGUAGCGAAAACCUCGAGGACACUGCAAAGGAUAUUGGUAGUGCUGCGGCAUUGGCUCUAAUCGAUGGUAAAGUGUGCCCCUCAGAUGCGUCAACCAAAACGCCAAUGGCAAUCGCUGCCUCGAAUACUUACAGGAGAACGAAUAGUUGCGGCAGCACUGCUCCAGUCCUUACCGCACACGACGACCAAGGCUUGAAUAACAGCUUAAGUGCUAGUACGAUCCCAGAAGUACAGGAGGAUGCAGCAGUCGCCAAGCCAGCGAAUAAUAAGCGCAAACGUCGCACUAAGGACCUUUUUUUCGGACUGAAGAAGGGACUUAAUCUGUUCUUAUGUGACUCGACCUUGUUCUUCUUUGCACCGGAAGCGUUCCCGUCCACGCCUUGUUUCGAGCCCAAUUCACCCGUCAAUGUGGGUGAAAAGUACCGAUUCGGGUUGUGGGAAGUUCAACUUACAGAAGUAUCAAUCGAAGACGAUGUUGACACAGCAGACACGCACUGCUUUACUGUGCGUGAGUUGUGGCAAGGAGAUCUGUCUUACACCCUCCGAGGCGGCUAUCAGCAUAUAUUGGUUCGUGGCAAAGGCGACGGUAGACCGAAGGCUCUCCGCCAAAUUGAUGUUCGACUCACAAAGAAUGUCCCGCUAGUCAACUUUGAUAACAGUCAGCCUGACCCUACAAAGCCCAUGGUCUUGGUUACUCUCAAGCUUCACCCGUCAACGAAAAGACGAAAAGAGCAUAGUAAUUAGAAGCAACCGAUUGCUCGAGAAUAGUCAUGGGUGAUUCGAUACUAAUCAAUGGCUGAGCGCAUGCGUAAACAACUGUGAAGUUGGUGCUCAAACGGCUAUUACUAUCGUCUUCGCGACAAAUAUGGGCCGCAUGAUGCGCAACAAAAAGAAAGGGAGUGUAGAAUGACGUCGUAGUACCUUUGACUUUUAUUGGCGCUUUAUACGAAAAAAUGCGAGUUAUAUCCAUGAAUAAAUGAUUACACCCAG